AUGCAGCUUUCGUCACUUUUCCUGGCAGCUACUGCCCUGCUCACCCAAGCGGCAUCGGCUGAUUUUCUCCUCUUUCCAUCGAAUCUGGCGCUGUCAGCGUAUGGCCCCGCCAGAAUUGAACGAAGCGAACUUCCGGGCGAUUACCAACGGUUGGCGCCCGUCGGGUUCACCUUGGAUCCGAGCAACCCCCCGGCCCAGAUCCCCCUGGAUGACGAGGGCGAUAUUGGACGCGGGUUUUUGCUGCGACCAGUCUGGGGAGGCAAAUGGGCUUUGCUCGCCAAAAACGACCCCUCCAUUACACCUAUGGAGGACGACAUCACGGUGCCGUUUGCCAUCGAGGAUGGCUGGUUCGUCUACAAGGGGGAUUUCCCGGCCGAAUGGGUCACCUGCAAAGAAGGACGUGAUAGAUUUAGUACCAUCAACAUCUAUCUAGUUCUUCAGGGGUCUGAACUCACCCCGGACUGCCAGCCAACCAAGCUCGGUGCCAUCGAAGUCCAGUAA